CCACCGGAGUCAAUUACGUACAAGUCUAGGCAAUUUAUAGGAAAAACGACAGCCACAUGCUCAACCAUAUUACAGUUCAGCUUUGUCUUUAAUUCUGACAGUGAGGUGAGUAAAGGUAGGAGGGAGGGCGAGGGAGAGAGAGAGAGAGUCCCUCCACCAACAUCCAUCAUCAAGGCUACUACCAUGUCCAACACCAGCUCAUGGAUCUUCGUGUCCCAGGAUUCAAACAACGACAACAAGGGACCUAAGCUCGGGGUCGUGUUCAUCUCCUUCGCUGCCUCCGUUGCCAUAUUCUUCGUCAUCCUCUUCGGUCGUUGCCUCCUCCGACGUCGCUGGCGCCACCACCGGCGCAUAACCACAGCAUCGAUACCUAGCGAUUCUCCGAAGCCCGAGCUCGCACCCUCCACCAUCGCUUCGCUUCCAACCUUCGCCUAUCAAAAAGCUAUCGAUCCCACCGGCAACGCCACAUCGGUACUGUGCGCGGUCUGCCUGGGUCAAGCCCAGGAGGGAGAGAUGGUGAAGCUGCUGCCCAAAUGCAAACACGUGUUCCAUGUCGAGUGCAUCGACAUGUGGUUGUAUUCCCACUCCACUUGCCCUUUGUGCCGGUCCGACGUCGUCGAUUCACCGAAAGUGGUCAAGAAAGUGGAGGACGGUGAGGCGUCGGCCCCACCGGAAUUGCCGGUUUAGCUCACCAGGUCGUGCCUUUAAGGGGACAAAUUGCCAGGGUCGCCCCGGAUGGCAGAUGGCAUCUUUGUUCCAGAGAACGUCGUGUAUAAAAAUGGUCGAUUAGGUGAAUCGAUGCGAGGGAUGUUAUUGAAGAUUUAGUGUCAUGUUGUAAGAAUGGUCACUUCCAUUCUCCUGAUUACCUUUUAGUUUUUCUUGUUUCUGUAGCUACGUAUGUAAAACUUAUGGAUAAAUAUUUUUGUGUGCAUAUUAAAAUCA